CUGUUUAACCCCUUAACGUUCCGACGGCCCGCCCACGGGCCGUCGGCGUCUUUUUAACACGUGAUGCUAUGUAUACAGCUCCUAUAUUUAAGUAGUUACUCAUGCCACACAUCUUUAGAAAGCUAAAACUCUUGUGAUUUCACUGAUACAAUCUAUUCCAAGACACGAUAACAACAGCAGGUACAAGCAUCCCCUCUGUCUGAGUAACAAACAACUACAAAAUUGAGGUAACUCACCUUUGAAGCCUCAUUGUAAUCCACAGAUCCGUAAUAUUCUGACAAAAACGGUCUUGUUACAUUGACAAAGGUCCAGACUAUCAAAUCCAGUAAACUAUUUAGUCCAAACAUAUUAUGACAUUAAAAUAUAUCCACGGACAGCUGUUUUUAAAUUUCAAAUUUCGCGGCAGUUAUUUAAUAUUUUACUGUAUUUCCUGGAGUAAAUCUUGUUUGCAUAUAUUUCCUUGCCGGUAUCUGAUAUCAAAAUGGCCCCUGCACUCUGACCUUUCGAUUGACACCUCACUUGAACCAAUAGGACCUUCCUGGCCUCGUCUACAGCCUAGAAUAGCCAACGAGGGCCUGCGGUGAAAGAAGGUGUACGCCUUUUUAUUUUGUGCCAAUUGCAACUGGUUGUGCCGAUGACUGACGUUUUGCAUAGCCAAUCAACUUUUCAAUAUGGGGAACUGAUGCUUUCGCGGGUAUUUACAAUCCUAAACAAAGGAAUGAUCUGUCUAGUGCAAACACCGGCAAAAAUACGUCCCACUACUUUCUGCAUCCUAAACGAACGAGAAGUUGAGAAUGGCGAAAAUUAGCAAGUCAAGAAGAUAUACCCUCCAAGAGGCAGUGGAAGAGUGUACUCGGCCACGUGAAAGCGACGAGUCAGAGGAGGAAAUGUCUGAGAAAGACAGUGAAAUGUCUUGCAUCGACUCCGUGGCAGAGGACAUGUUUUUACAGGGAGGAGACAUUACUCUCGACAAGAAAUGUGAUGUAGAUAUGGAUUGGGAGCCAGCUACAUCUGCACCAGUGAGCAAGUGGCCACAUGGAUUGGAGCAGCAGGACAGUUCAUCAGGUGAGGAGCUUCCUUUUCCACAGAACAGCAGGAGACCAAGAGGUAGAGGACAAGGUAGUGGAAAAGGGAGAGGCGUAGAGCAGCAGGACAGUUCAUCAGGUGAGGAGCCUCAUCUUCCAACUCCCCAGAACAGCAGGAGACAAAGAGGUAGAGGACGAGGAAAAGGGAGAGGCUGCAGUCAAGCCAGAUCAACCAGCCCAUCUGAAGAGAGGUGGAAUGAUGUUGACGUUCCAGACAUCACACCACCACAGCCCACCUUCAGACCCAGAAAUGUCCCAGGACCCCAGCUCAUACGUGCACUUCGUACACAGCCCUCCAGUUGUUUCAACUAUUUUUUACCAACUCUGUUUUGA